AUGGAUUUGAAAUUUGUGAUUGAUAAUUUACAAGACCUGGGGGUUUUACCUCCUGAUCAAUCCUUAACGCUUGGUAGUCAAUACCAAUUAAUUGCAAGAGAUGAACAACUCUCACAAAAAGCUAUUGACAAAUGUGAAAAAGUUUUCCUGCAAUGGUCUUUGAACAGAGGCGUCAAUAUUGAAGUCUUGAAAAGGUUCCAAAAUUUAUGGUCUGUUAUCAAGGGCAAGGAUUUUCCGCUGGUUGGAUUUCCUUACUCCAAUUUAACCAUUCAACAAGUCGAUGUAAAUCAAUACAUAAGCAAUCAAAGUGAGAAAUUAAUGAAAAACUUAACAGUCGAAGAAGUUGAAAUAACGGAUUAUGUAUGA